AUGGAACAGCACCACGCAAAUUCUACACCCGUUCAUCAACUUCCUUCCACAGCGUCGGCGAACACAGAAAGUGGUAAAUCCGGUACCAUCAGGAGACGUUCUUCGACUGCGAUAAGUGUUAAAUCUCAACCCGCCAAAAGACCUCUCAUACAACACGAAGACUGCGUCCAAUCGACAAGGGUAAAGCGUGUAAAAAAAUCACUGGAAAUGGAAGAGUUCAAGCUCGACGGCUCCGAAAACGCCAACCCACAGCCGACGAGCAAAACACCGACAACGUCGACCCCUGUCGUUUCAGGCCCAGCGACGCAUGAGUCCUCUGCCCAACCAUCGUGUAGCUCAGACGCAGAGACGACAGUCCCUGCUACAUCCAAGAUAAUGCGGGCCCGUUCAAUGUCCGCCCCAGCUGUUGGGCAGCAUCAGCUGACAGCAGCCGCAACAACGAUCUGUUGCCGGAAAAAUAUUGCGUCCCACAAGUCGAAGAAGGCUCUUAACGAGCCUCCGGUAAAUCUUAUUACUUUGAAGGAAUUAGAUUUGAAAGAAAUACUCAACAACCCCCGCCUCCGACACGACAUCUACUUCGACGCAGCCCUCCAUUUCCGACCAAACUUAGACGGCCAGCGAGGGCAGAAGAAGAAAGCACAGGCGGAUAACUAUUGGGAUAGCAUCGUGCGUGAGUGUGAAAAUUUGAGGAGGAAUCAGAUCGACCUGCAAAGAGGCGUCACAAACCGAUUGCAACCCAAAAGAUUGAUGCUACUCCUCGACACAAUGCGCGAUAUUUUGCUAAGUCUUGUCCCUUCUCGGGAUCAAAAAACGGUGGAGCAAGUCUUUGAUCAACAAUUAAUGAUCCAACAACUCGAGUAUGGCCUCCUCAAUUUCGAAAACUUAGCAACAUGGCUUGCUAGUCUUCUUAAGGCACAUUGCGCCCCCAUGAGAGAUGCGUGGGUAGAUGAUAUGGUUAGCAAGAUAAAAGAUGGUGUUACGCGCGAUAGUCCACGAUUAUUAGUCGACGGCCUUCGAUCGGUUUUCGGAAUACUCGAGGCCAUGAAACUUGACGUUGCCAAUCACCAAAUAAGAACGCUCAGACCAUAUCUCGUCAGCACUGCAGCCGAAUUCGAGAGAGAACACUUCCAAAAAAGGAUCCAAAAAGGGACACUCUGUAUUUCGGAAACCCAGGAUUGGUACCAUCAAUUGGCUGCAAAACGCAAAUCCCCUAACGAGACUCCUGAUUACCUCUCGAUACUCACAAUUGGCGUACUUGAACGACUAAGCCCUUCAAAACCACACAUAAAACCGCCCGCUACAUUCACAUUCGACCUGGAAAGACUAGAAGCAAUCAGAUUCGACGUAAGAGAGGAUGUGAAUAUGAAAACCUGCCUUCUUCUGUUCCGCAGCCUCGUUUCUGGUUUAAAUAAGUCACUAGAGGUGGAUAGAGAUGCCUACGUAGCACUCACCACCGCAAUACAGGCUAUCAACGGAGAUGAAGAGGUUGCUGAACGCUGGCAGCGUAACUCCUCCGCUCUAGCCUUACAAAUCGCGCAGUCCGCAACUGCAUUUGCUUCCGGGAAACCAAUUUCGAAAUCGUUCCCAGAUGCAAAAAUCGUCAAAUUUGCUGAGAAUUGGCUUGGACAACAUCUACGAUCACAGUCGCCUCUUUAUCAAUCCUUCGAGCAAAAGAUAAUCGAAGCGGUUGCACUAAAGACACAGGUGAUACUCAAAGCAUGGGCACACCACAAAGCACCAAACUUUGAACAGGUCCCUGACACUGUUAUGGGACUGCCUGCCGAUUUUGCAUCAAUCCCACAAAGGCUUGCCAAGAUCCUUAAUCUUCACUGGCGGGUUUUUGAGAGGCUAUACAUAUCAGCAGCAAAUACCCCUGUUUCGGGCCAUAAGGGUGACAUUGCCUUAUCCGUAGACCAACCUGAAAGCACAUCCUCCGAUACCUCCGAUACCGUUACCCUCAGCAAAAAAAACUAUCCCACGGAUUAUCGGACGUAG